CACCAAACACGUAUCAAACGUCCCUUUGGUUCGGCUCAAAUUUUUCACAUAAUUCAGUGUGACUCACACUGACUAAUUUGUUAGUUUCCCAAAACACCACAAAUAUAUAAAGUAGUCGGCCCCUCCAACAACCAAUGAUACAUGACCGCUUCCAACACACUCCAAAAAUCUGGACCACACUCUCUCUCCAUUAAUGCCUAUAAAUUCAGAACUCCAUUGAUGCAUUUUUCUUCACCUUCACCAAACCAGUAACAAUACAAAUCACUGUACAACUGUCUACUGCUAUCGCUAUUGCCUAGUUGUUGUAGGUUCGGUAGUAUUUCCAGUACUACCAUACUGUUAAUGCGUCAAAAAGGGAAAGCAUUUAAUCGUAGAUCUAGGACUUUUUCUCGUUCUCGUCUUGCUAUUGAGGGUUGUUAAAUUUCAUAUUACUAUUUUCACUCUCAUCGCUUCUUUUCUUCUACGCUUAAUCGCAUUUCCUUGUUUUUCUCAUCUCGUUUUCUUAUUAUGGCUAUGGCGGCUUCAGCUAUGGGAGUUAAGCAAGAGAGAGAAGUGUUCAAGAAGUAUUGGACGGAACACUCUGCUGAUUUAACGGUUGAGGCUAUGAUGCUUGAUUCUAAGGCUUCUGAUCUUGAUAAAGAAGAACGUCCUGAGAUACUUUCUUUGCUCCCUCCUUAUGAAGGAAAGUCAGUCUUGGAACUUGGUGCAGGCAUUGGUCGUUUUACUUGUGAAUUUGCAAAGAAAGCUGACCAGGUUAUAGCUCUGGAUUUUAUUGAGAGUGUCAUAAAGAAGAAUGAAAACUUAAAUGGACAUUUCAAAAAUGUAAAAUUCAUGUGCGCUGAUGUUACGUCUCCCAGUCUCAAUAUUUCACCAAAUUCAGUGGACUUGAUAUUUUCCAAUUGGUUACUCAUGUAUCUUUCUGACAAAGAGAUUGAGAAUUUGGUUGGAAGAAUGUUGAAAUGGUUGAAGCCAGGAGGAUACAUUUUCUUCAGAGAAUCAUGUUUCCAUCAAUCUGGUGAUCACAAGCGCAAAAGCAACCCAACUCACUACCGUGAACCUAGGUUCUACACUAAGAUUUUCAAAGAAUGUCAUAUGCGAGAUGAAUCUGGGAACUCCUAUGAGCUUUCCCUAAUUGGCUGCAAAUGUAUUGGAGCUUAUGUCAGAAACAAAAAGAAUCAGAAUCAGAUAAGCUGGUUGUGGAAGAAAGUAGAUUCUGAGGAUGAUAAAGGAUUUCAAAGAUUUCUGGAUACUAGCCAGUACAAGUGCAAUAGCAUUCUGCGAUAUGAGCGUGUAUUUGGUCCUGGUUAUGUUAGUACUGGAGGAAUCGAGACAACCAAAGAGUUUGUGUCAAAGCUUGACUUGAAGCCGGGACAGAAGGUCCUGGAUGUGGGUUGUGGCAUUGGUGGAGGUGAUUUUUACAUGGCAGAGAACUUCGAUGUUGAAGUUGUUGGAAUUGAUCUCUCUGUUAAUAUGAUUUCUUUUGCCUUGGAGCGUUCUAUUGGGCUCAAAUGCGCUGUUGAAUUUGAGGUGGCAGAUUGUACCAAGAAAAAUUACCCUGAACACAGUUUUGAUGUUAUCUACAGCCGUGACACCAUUCUUCAUAUUCAGGACAAACCUGCCUUAUUUAGAUCCUUCUACAAAUGGUUGAAGCCUGGCGGGAAGGUUCUAAUCAGUGACUACUGCAAGCGUGCUGGUCCACCUUCACCCGAAUUUGCAAUGUACAUAAAGCAGAGGGGAUAUGAUCUCCAUGAUGUGGAAGCAUAUGGGCAGAUGCUUAAAGAUGCUGGAUUUGAUGAAGUUGUUGCAGAGGAUCGGACUGAUCAGUUCAUCAAAGUUCUGCAGAAGGAACUAAAUUCUCUUGAGGUGGAGAAGGAAGAAUUCAUUCAUGAUUUCUCCGUGGAAGAUUACAAUGACAUAGUUGACGGUUGGAACGCUAAGCUGGUGAGGAGCACCAUGGGUGAGCAACGAUGGGGUUUGUUCAUCGCCCAGAAAAAGUAAAAUAUCAGCUGCUGCACUGCACCGUGCCUUAUUUACUAGUAUUAGCUUUCAAUGUAUUGUAAGUUAUGGACAUCUGCCAAUAAUAAGCGAGACGCAAACUGAGGGAUAAACCGUUUUAGUUGUGCAAAAUGCAGUUAAAUUGUAAGACGAACUCAAUGGAAGUUUAGGUUAGCUACUCAGCUUUCAGUAGCUUCAAGAGCUUGCAUUGUUUCUGCAUGAAUGCUCUUAUGAUCAUGUUAUGUUAUGUUAUGUUGUAUUUUCCGUUCUCUUUAGACUCUGAGAGUCUAAAUUGAGGUGACUAUGAAGUUGAGUGUUAGUAUAACAUUGUCUAUUUUCACUUUA